AUGGCCCCCAAUGUGGAGCUCUUUGGAGGUCUCCUGGUGGAGAACGUCAUCCCCCAUGAACAGACAGGCCUGUCUUCCUUCUUCGUUAGAGCUUUUGCUCCCCGUCGGAGCCUUUGCUUCCUCCUUGGAGCCUUUACUCCCCUGUUUCUGCUUCUGGGCAUUAACCUCAAGAAGGAGCCCAUGGAGGCGCUGAACACGGCACAGGGCACACGUGACUUCAUCUACAGCCUGCACUCCACUGAGCGGAGCUGCUUGUUCAAAGAACUGCACCUCUUCGAGUCCAUUGCCAUCACACAAGAAGAACUGGAAGCUCUACCACCCACUCCAGUGUUGUUGUACCCUCUGCACCCUCGACCAUUUGCCUGUGAGCUCCAGCCAAAGAAGGAGGCAGACAGGAGUGAGACAAAAGUGGAGAAGCCAGGACCUGUGAAUUUAGAGAUGCCCAUCCCAUCUCCUUCCAAGAGAAAGCAGCCCCUAGACCAGAAGGAAGAAGAGAAACAGCUCUCUGAACGUGGGAACAACGGCAGGAGUUCCAAGUCCUCUCCCAAGGGCAAAGAGAACACCUGUCCAAGUCGGGAGGCUAAGGUCCCCAGUCAGAAGCGAUCUGGGCAAAGCUGGGCUGUCUCCUCCUGCGGACUCCACAAGAGAAGUGACAAGCUGGAAGAGAAGAGGAGGGCCAGACCAUCUCCCUCCGGAGAGAGAGGAAGGGGCCAACCUGGCUCCACCCACAGAAGAGAUUCCUCACACACAAAACUGCAUGUAAAGGACCGAAGGCCCCAGCUAAGAUCUCCUGUGAGGAUUCUGAAGCGCAGGCCCUCUGGAGACAGCUCUGGUGCCCCAUACAACUCAGCCAAGAGGCGCAGACACCCUUCUCCGGAAGCCCGGUCAUUCCCGACGUUCUCCCUGCUGAUGUCCAGAGUCUUCACCAACAUGGGUGCCUUGCAGGUGGCUCUGGACGACCUGCAAACCCCCGGAGGUGCCUUCCUGCGUGGGCCUUCGAGCAGCGCCGAGCCUACUGUCUCGCAACGAGCCUGGCUCAUGUGGCAACUGUCUCACGCGGGAGCCGCCCUGCACUGGGCGCUUCACACAGUCAAUUCCAUCUUGGCUGCACAGGCCAGCCUGCCUAGAUACACCUGGCCCCAAGGCGAUUCCUUUACUGCUGAUCCUAGACCAGUGCCCACCUCCUGUCCUCUCCCAAGUACCCAGGCCAGGCAAGUGGCACAGAGACCAGGCGACUCCACAUCUCCCAAUCCUUCCGUGGAUGCACGGAUUCUAGGCCCGAGCAGAGCAGGCCAGAGAGACCAGCACGCCUUGAGUCCCCAGUGAGCACCAAACCAUCCCCUACUCCCAAAGGACUCAACCACAGACCCUGGCAUUUCUCCAAUCAAGGACACAUAGCAUGACUAUGAAGAAAACUUGAGAAGAUUCACUGGGGAACUUGGACCUUUAAAAGCUUUCACUGAACCGGAACCCUUCCACCUGCCCUUUAGGAGCUGUGUAUCAUUUGAUAAACGACCGACUUUUAGAUUCAAUCAGCAAAGGGAGCCUGAUUAUCUUACAGACACUCUCGUCCCCCUUUGGACAGAGUCCCGUAUGCCAACUUAGUUUUGAACUGCCACAUAAGGCACGGGUCUCCGCGAAGCAUUGACUUGGUGUUCCUGGGAUCAAGCUCCAGGCCUUGUCCAUGCUAGUUACCCAGAGCCCCAGCUGUACAACCCUCUCUAGGCACUGGGAAGGCUGGGCUCCUUUUCCUCAGUUUGAACUGACAUUCUUUCUCUCUGCUGAGCCCUGAGGCACCGCCUGGAUUCCAAACCUUACCUCAGGAUAGCAAGCUAGACCGGCGUGUUGGUGACCUUAGAACACAGCUGUUCAGUAGACUUACUCUCUGACACAGUCAAGCCAUUCAGGACUCGAAAUCUAUGACCUGUUAAGAGUGUUAUCCAUUUUUACUUUCUCUUUUGGUUGCAUCCUGUCUUGUAAUGCUUCAUCAUGUUUCACUAUUUUAAUAAAGAUUUAAUUUGUCUACAUGUCAAUCUUGUGCUGUCAAAUCAUCUCUCCAGAAACUAUCAAAGACUGUGUAUACUAUUUGCCUGUGUGGAUUAGUUAGAAGAGGAUCAUAGUCUAUUUGUUUCCUUCCUUAUUUCUUGUGUGAUCGUGUGUGUGUGUGUGUGUGUGUGUG